CCGCGGCGGCUGGGCCGGCGGCGCGGAGGGGCUCACGCUGCGGGCGGCCUGUCUUCUGUCUUCCUCCAGCUGCGGGAGUACAAGGUGGUCGGGCGAUGCCUGCCCACGCCGAAAUGCACGACCCCCCCUCUCUACCGCAUGCGGAUCUUCGCUCCGAACCAUGUUGUCGCCAAGUCCCGGUUCUGGUACUUCGUUUCUCAGCUGAAGAAGAUGAAGAAGUCUUCUGGAGAGAUUGUGUACUGUGGCCAGGUCUAUGAGAAGUCCCCUCUGCGGGUCAAAAAUUUUGGUAUUUGGUUGCGCUAUGAUUCUCGUAGCGGAACUCACAACAUGUACAGGGAAUACAGGGAUUUGACCACGGCUGGUGCUGUCACUCAGUGCUACCGUGAUAUGGGAGCCCGUCACCGUGCCCGUGCUCACUCUAUUCAGAUCAUGAAAGUUGAGGAAAUUGCUGCUAGCAAGUGCCGUAGACCAGCAGUCAAGCAGUUUCAUGAUUCUAAAAUCAAAUUCCCUCUGCCACACAGAGUUCUGCGUCGCCAGCACAAGCCACGUUUCACCACCAAGAGACCAAAUACUUUCUUUUAAAUAUGAAAACGUGCUAUCAACUCUGUGUUGUAAUAAAGGUCUUAUCUGAAUCUUU